AUGAGCGAAGAUAAGAACCAUAAGAACGAAACUCCAUGGGAACUAUCUUAUAGUAAGGGUGGGUCGGAGCUUAACGGUGAAGACUUGGAAAAAUAUUUGGAACAUGGGUCAGGUGUUAAUCGAAGACUAUCUAAUGAUAGGUUUAUUUCUUCACAUCUUUCGCAAUGGAAUUAUAACCAUAACAGAGGCGCUUUAGUGCAAGGUAUUGAAGAAGCGACUGGUUUGAUCAAUGAUUUAAUAUGUGAAAACGAUCAGAGGCCUAUUCAUGUGCCCGAAAGUGACUUGGAAAUAUUAAAAAUUGAUGUUAAGCUGAACGGAAAUUGGAGAGACAACUUGUCUUUAGACAAGGAGGCCAUGGCCAGUGUGUUUAAGUCGCAGGCUUCGAGUUCACUAGAUCAUCUUGCGAAGCUUUUAGUCCGUGUACAGGAUAAGUCAUCUAAAGUUUUUGUUACCGGUGACUUGAAUGCUGGUAAAUCGACGUUAUGCAAUGCCUUGUUAAGGAAACAUGUAUUACCAGAAGAUCAGCUACCAUGUACGAAUGUUUUCUGUGAGAUUUUAGAGGCCCGUGAGAAUAACGAUAUUGAGCAAGUACACGCUGUGCCAACAGAUGUGGCAGCUACUGUAAAAGAGGCAUAUGAAGUUUACAAUAUUGGAGAUCAGACUACAUAUCAGGUGUUUUCAGUUGAUGAUUUGAAGUCCAUAGUCUAUAAGAGUUCAGAAUAUUCGUUACUAAAGAUUUAUAUUAAGGAUGACCAGCGUCCCGCGGACGCAAGCCUAUUGCGAAACGGUACUGCAGAUACAGCGCUUAUUGAUUCACCAGGUUUAAACAUGGACUCAGUCCAGACAACAGAGGUUAUGUCCCGUCAAGAGGAAAUUGACCUGGUUAUAUUUGUUGUGAACGCUGAAAACCAGCUCACCCUUUCUGCGAAAGAGUUUAUAACUAUGGCAUCUAAGGAGAAGAAGUUUAUGUUUUUUGUUGUGAAUAAGUUUGAUCAAAUCAAGGAUAAGCAGCGGUGCAAGAAGUUGAUAUUGGACCAAAUCAAGGAGAUAUCUGUAGAGACUUAUAAGAAAGCAGAGGAAUUUAUUCAUUUUGUUUCUAGUGAAGAAGUGAUAAACUCUCUUGGGGGCGGCGGAGGUCCUGAUAAUGGUCCUGACGAUAAUGGAAACGAUGGCGAAAACCCUGGCAACCCCGAUUUUGAAGGAUUAGAAGAAAGUUUGCGAAAUUUUGUCUUAAAAAAGAGAUCGAUAUCCAAGCUGAUGCCCGCUAAGACUUAUUUGCUAAAACUACUCUCAGAUGUUGAGUCUAUUUCGUCAUGGAAUCUUAAAUCUUAUAAGGUGGAGGAAGAGUCCAUUAAGGCAGAGCUAGAAGAACUAUCACCCAUCAUACAAGGUACCAAAAUGCAUUGUGUUAAAAUUACCGAUGCGGUCGAUAAGGAAUCCGAAAGAGUAGUUAAUUACAUCUACGAUUAUACGAAACAGCGCGUGUUAUCUUCUUUAGCAUUAUCUCCUUCUGAUUUCCCUGCGUACGAUGGUCUUUCUAACAUCCAUGACUACAUUUUCCGUGCUAGGCAAUUCAUUAUUGAACAAAUUAAAAAGAGUGUUGUCGACAGCGAACGUCAAGCCAAGUUGGCAACUGAACAGGCAGUUGUUGACAUUAACGCUAUGGCUAAGAAUGAAUUAGGCGACGAUUUUAUGUCCGACCGCGUAUUCCAAAGUGACUUAAUGUUCACUAGGAAAAAGCAUUCUUUGGCAAAACAACUAAAUGUUUCUUUCAAUUUGAAAGAUCUUUUUGCUCCAACUUUUGAUGGCUUCAUUAAUUACAUUACUUGUGGGUUUGCAAUUCAAGGUAAAACUGAAGAUAAAACCAUAGAACAGCAAAAUCCAAUGAUGGGCUCUCUAGGUUUGACCAAUUACUCUUUUAGCAAAUACUGGACUAAUCCAUCACUGAUUUUCACAUCUAAGAUUCCAGCUUUAGCAGUUUACUCUUACGGUGGUGUCAAGGUACUAACCAAUGGCUUGUUAUACGGGAGUCGCUUUUUCACUUGGCAGUCCAUUAAACGUUUGUCAACAUCAGUGCUUCUAAUAGGUUCAGUACUCGGCGUUGCAUAUCUGAUUAGUGACCUACCAAGGGCUCUACCAAUGAAUCUUUCUCGCAAUUAUGGCAAGAAGCUCCAUGAAUUAGACUAUAUACACUCCAACGCUGAUAGAAUAUCAAAAGAAGUUCGUGAAGUAUUAAAGAUUCCAACAAGAGAGAUAGUUAAAACCUGUGAACUUCUCUUGGACAGGAAGCAAGCCCAAAGAGCGAAGCUUGAAUCGAAGAUUGAGGAUAAUCGCGCCAGCGUCGUCUUCUUUGAUGGAUUAGCACAAAGAGCCUCAAAACACCAUCGCAUCUUAGAGGAGAUUAAUUUGGAUGUCGAUUAA